ACAAGAGAGAUUUGAAAAUGGCUACCAUGGCUACCGACGAGGACACCGAACUUCGCGAUCUGCUUAUGGAAAUAUUAGAGAAAAAGGGAGUUUUGAACAAGAUAAAAGCUGAACUGCGCGCCAACGUUUUCCUAGCUCUCGAGGAGCAAGAUGACUUCAAAAAAGAUGAGACGGAACAAAGAGAGCAAAUAAGAGACUACAUUUCAGGCGAAACAGGCAGAGUGGCGGUCGCUUUAAUUCACGACUUUUUGGAUCAUUUCAACUUGAAGUUCACGAGAAAUGUGCUGGACGUCGAAUCAUCAUGCGAAGGCCUCGAAAAAGAGAAACUUUGCUCAACUCUAGGAAUCACCAGCGGAACCACCGAUCAUCCUGUGCUGUUUCAGCUGAUCGACAUUUUGACUGAACAGACGUUAAAUAGAAGCCAACGUGUGGGAAAGCAAGCACCAGGAGAGCUAAGAGAUGUCACACAGGGAAACGUAACUAGCCCCGAUGCAGCGGACAAAAGUGCUGUCCCUGGAGACAGGACAUACCACGUGGAGUUUGAGAACACUCCAUCUCGAGAGACAGGGAAAAAGGAUGUCGCUUCAGAGCCAGAGAAUAAUGGAAGCUUAGAAUGGGCUGCAGAGGCUGGAGACACCGAAAAAGUGCAACGUUCCACAAAAACUGAAUCAGAUGAUGGAAAAUCGGCUAUGCAAGCUGGUCCUUCAGGCUCCUUGUCAUCCUUGAAAUCAUUACCUCCACUGAAUGGCUUUGUUAAGCAACCUCAAGAACCAUUAGGAGGAAAUGAACACGCCUCCUUGCAGAGCGAUGGUAGAGACUCCAAGCAGGACAAUGGCAGGGGUACGGGCUCGAGUAGGAGUGGUUCAGAAAACAACAGCAUUGAAGAGGAGCUAGACGAGGACCUUACAAAUAUAGACGACGUUCUCAAUAGCAGCCUCUCACUAGGUGAUAUGACAGCGGACCAUUCGUUAUCUCACGCAAGUAAUUUGGAGAGCUGCGACUAUGCGGAAAGUUUCCACCAGCCACGAAUGUAACAUUUAGAUACAUACUGUUUGUUUCGUGUGAGACUUACUAACAAACAAAUUUUAUUAAAACUGUAAAAAGACA